CCUUCUUCUGCUGGAUCAGCCCAUUCUAGUCAUUCCACUGAAUCUAAAAGGAAGUUUGAUUUGAAUACACCUUCAUUUCAACCAAGUAAUUUAAUUGCUAAUAAUACUGGCAAUAGUGCUACCGGUAAGUUUGGGUCACCUAAAAUGAAGGAAAUACCGGUAUUCGUACCUGAUGGAAGUGGAUACAAGUUCAAUGCUUCAACGCCAUCAUUCACACCCGCACCUGCGUCACAAGGAUCUACUGCACCUCCUGCAACAAGUGCUGCACCACCACCACCACCACCACCAUUGGCUGUGAGUACACCACAAGCGGUUCCUCCACCACAAUCAUCAACACCUAACCCAUACUUGAAUGAUUAUUUUCACACUCCUGCAGCAGCAACGUACCCAUUACAAUAUCACUUGUAUGCUCCGCAACCACCACCAAGGUUAACCCUUCCAUUGGCACCACAUGAACUGAACCCUCAUUUACUUUUCAUCCCCAAUGACCUUCGAGAAACCUUGCACCGCAAGAAUGAGGCUACCUUGCAAACAAUGGUCCAUUCCACGUUACCACCAUCUAUCAACCAGUAUCAUUCACUCGUUCCUAUUGACAGAACUUACCAAGAAAGUAAGCUGGCCCAUAGUACAGUGUUAUACAAGGUAUUUUCUUCAUUGGAUGGCAAUCCAUAUGUUAUGAGGAAAAUUGAAAAUGUUGAACCGGAACAAAUUGAUUUUAGCAAAUUCAAAAAGUGGAAGAGUGUUGAUUGUGCCAAUGUUGUGAGAUGCUAUGAUGCGUUUUCGAGUUUGAGUUUUGGGAAAAGUUGCCUUAUUGCUGUGUUUGAUUAUUACCCUAAUUCAAACACAUUAGCUGAACACCACAAGAAAUUAGGCUCUGCUCCUAUUAAUGAUGAGAUUCUUUGGGGUUAUCUUUUACAGUUGGUCAACGCAGUAAAGUGUUUACAUGAAAAGGGAUUAUCUGGUAAGGGCACUAUCAACUUGAAUAAGAUUAUCGUGACUAAUAAAGAUAGAAUUAGACUUUCCAGUGGUCUGAUUCUGGAUUUGUUAGGCGACGAAGAUCAAGAUCCAUUAGAUGAUAUACAUAAUAUAGGUAAGGUCUUGCUUGAAUUGAGUACAUUGACCUUGCCUAUUAAUAUGAGAAGCGGAAAUAUAUAUCAAACCUUAAAGUCAAGGAUAAGUGAAGAAUUAAUUGAGCUGAUCAGAGAACUAGUCGACGCAGACCAGACAUUCGAACUUACAGCAUUCCAGAGCAAGUUAUCAUCGCAAACAUUCAAUGUUAUUAAUAAACUACAACAUGCCAACGAUUUCAUGGAAGCUCAAUUAACCAGCGAAUUAGAAAAUGCAAGAUUAUUCCGUCUCAUGACGAAGAUAAAUUAUGUUAUGUCACUGACUAAUUCCCCAGAAUUGAAAAUAAUCAAACUUUUCCAUGAUCACGUAUUUAAUUGUUAUGAUGAGCGUGGAAAAAGAGUGGUUGAUUUAAGUAAAGUACUUGUCAAUUUAAACAAAUUAGAUUGUGGCAUUGACGAAAAAGUAUUGUUGGUGAGUAAUGAUGAUAACGAAUGUAUAAUUGCCAGUUUCAAGGAGAUUAGAGAUAUUAUUGAUUCUCAGUUUAGAGUCAUUAGCAGAGAGUAAUAACAGUAAAUAGUAAAUAAAUACAAAAACACGUGAAUCAUAGCAAUGGCAGUGGAAGAUAUGAAACUCCGCUGUUCCGGCCGGAUUCGGCGUUUCGGCAUUAGU